AUGAAAAUGGAGUCUGCUAGGGUUGUGAUUGAUUUGGAUGAUUAUGAUAUGAGUGAGAAUCAGAUAGUUCCCAUUUCUGGAGAUUAUAGGUUAGAAAGACGAUGGAAGAGAUUUGAACUUUCAAAUAAACGUGUAAAGCGCAGUCACCAUGGCAGUGGUACAAGAUCAAGCACAAAGCGUCGUGGAAAUAUGGCGAGUUUAAUAGUACAAGAGAGUCAUACGUUGGAGGAUGAAGUGGAUGAAGAUUACAAAUUGUUUUUGGCGACAUAUAACCCUGAAGAUAUUGAUGUUAUCAGUGAUGGUAAAGUUGAUGGUUCUGAUAAUGACAUCAACAUUGGCUACGACAGUACCCAUUAUGAUCAUCAGUAUAGAAUGUUCUUGGAAGAAGAAAGGUUUCAUAAUGAUCUCGAGUUAGAGACUGAGAGGAUGAGGGGUUCAAAAAAUAGGGUUGAAACAAAAAGUAGAGGAGAUAAAGGGAUUGAUUUAGUGAGAAAACAGACAAGUGGCCCAAUAAAAUCUCAGCCGAAUUUGGAAGCUAAAAGAAGACUUAGUAAGAAAAGACCACAUGAAGAUGUGUCUGGUGAACCAAAAAACAAGUGCCACACUGAGUCGAAGGGUUCAAAACAAAGGGAUGAGACUGGAAGUCAAGCAUAUAAAGGAAGUGUUUCGGUGAGAAAACGAACAGGUGACCCAAUGAAAUCUCAGCAGAAUUUGGAGGCUAAAAGAGGACUUAGUAAGAAAAGAACAUACGAAGAUGUCUCUGGUGUGGCCAAAAACAUUUAUCACACUGAGAUGAUGAAGGGUUCAAAACAGAGUAGCGAGUCUGGAAAUAAAAGGACUGAUUCAGUGAGAAAACAGACAAGCCGCACAAUGAAAUCUCAGCUGAAUUUGGAGGCUAAAAGAGGACUUAGUAAGAAAAGGCCAUAUGAAGGUGUUUCAGUUGUGCCCGAGAACAUUUGCCACAGUACGGAGUUAGAUGUUGUGGAUGAAGAUUACCAGAUAUUCCUGAAUUCUUGUAUGGAUGACCAUAUACCUAGUGAAUUAAUAGGAAAUAUUUCAAGUGUUAUGCAAAAUUCACAGGUUCCUGAUCAUGUGCUGAGUGAAGUUGAUGAAGAUUACUUACAAUAUCUGAAUUCUGUUAGGAUUGUUGAUGAUGAGGUGGCGUGUUUGCCUGAGAGGAAUACUUCAAAGACAGACAUGCCUGAGAGGAAUACCUUGGAGACAGACAUCCCUGAGAAGAAUAUCUCAGAGACAGACAUCUCUGAGAAGAAUAUCUCAGAGACAGACAUGCCUGAGGGGAAUACCUCAGAGGUAGACAUGCCUGAGGGAAAUACCUCAGAGGCAGACAUGCCUGAGGGGAAUACCUUAAAUACAGACAUACCUGAGAGGAAUAUCUCAAAUACAGUCAAUGUGGAUGGUGACAGUAAUUCCUCUGAGCCUGAUCUUAUUCUUCUAGAACCUGAUCAAAUUCAUGAAAACACCCCAUUUGUUUCUUCGAAAACAUACGAUCCAUCUUGGUUUGAAACUGAAACGAACCCCAAAGGCAACUGGCAGUUAUCUGCUUACGAUCAUCCUCAGUUUAGGACAAGACUUAUGAAUGAUCUGCAAAGGCCUUAUGACCAAGAUGAAUAUGAGAGACUUCUUCUUGAAGUACAUCAGAAAAGGAGAACAGAACGUCAUGUAGAAACACGUCAGGGGGUGGUCAAAUCUUAUUGUACUACGAGUGUCAACAAAUCAUAUCUUGAGUUGUAUCCUGAUCUAGCUGAAGCAAUUGCUGAAUUCAAAAAAACAGAAAAGGUUUUGUUUCUCUUGCGUGGAUUUAUCUUCUGGUUGCAAAAUUCUUCCAUGCUUUAUGCUUGCAUUGGAUGGGAAGUGAAAUUGAGAGAAUAA